GAGGAAAGAGCAAUUUUACGAUUUAGAUAUCCACGAAAUUCAGGAAGUCUGUGCCGUAUAAACAUAUUCACCGUUGGACAGCAGUCGUUGCUAGACAAGGAACUAAGCAUCCCGUGUUCCCCUCAUUUUCUCUUGGGUACUCCAUCUUCGAUUCAGUGACACGAUAAUCGCGACUUAAGCCAUAAACACAGCCAAACAAGGAAGACCAGGAAGGGAAGUGCAAGAGCCGAGUACACCCGAGGUUCAAUCACAAUACCAAAACACCAGAAAGGACGACCUCAAUCAAACAUACCUUAAAUUAUCGAACUCGCCCGCGAGGAUUAGCCUUUACCAUCGAGUUUUACGGCAAUUUCGCUUCAACAACAAACUUACCAACACAUCUGCCACUUCAUCGAUCACACACACGAUUCAGAACAGGAAGGGAAUCCACUAAAAACGACCUUGAAACAUCUCCGCUUGGACGGAUCUAAUGUACUUGAGCGGGUCACUACAUCUAUAGCAGCCGCCUGCAUACAUUAUAUUGUCCCACGAUUUCCCUCCACGCAUGAAAUACGUGAUCCACAAUCUUCCAUCUGAUAUCUCUUAAUACCAGUAAUAGCCUUGGACUACUCGAAAGGUCAAAGAAAAUCACGGCAGCCACCCAGCGGUUUAUAAACACUUGUAGAUCGUACGGCAUACGACCGUCAACAUCGACAUCACACAAUCCACCUCGUCCAAAAUGCCACCCCCAGCCCAGCAAUCCCGUCCCUUUCUCUCGACCUUCCUCGCCUCCUUCCGCUCUUCCCAACUCUCCUCUACUCCCAUCAUAAGCAACAAUAGCUCUUCCUCACACCAAAAACCUGCUCACACACAUUCACAUUCGCAAUCCACACCUUCACAACCGCGCCAGAUAAGUACCAGUACAAAAUCAAACGCUACAUCAAAUACUCUACGAGGAAUAGAUCGAAAUCGUGGAUCGGCGGGCGGAAGUAGUCCUGUAGGAAGCUACGAUUCGAGUCCUAGCCCCGCUGCUUCGAGUUAUCUGAAUCAAAACCAAAAUGCAAAUACGAACUCAAAUAUAUCGAAUCCCACAUCUCCAACCUCAAGUUCAAAUCAGAUCUCAAAUCAAAAUACACCGUAUCACGCGAACAAAUAUGCAGGCUUCAAGACAUCAGCAGAUAGAAGAGGAAGCGAUAGUAGCUCGGAAGGCUUUCGAGAUGUAAUGGGCAAGGAGAAAUGGUAUAUCGGGGGACGCACGCAGGGCGGAGAGGAGAGAUACUUUCAGCUCGGAGUGAUCAAGAGGAGAAGGAGUGGAGGAGAGAUGAGUUUGGAUCGAUUGAGUUUGUGAUGCGGUGUGACGUGAGGGAUGGAAACGGGUACAAUAUAAUAUUCCAGAAUGGUAUGACGCUCAGGGUGUCGAUCUCUGCAGACAAUUUAACAUUCAAAAUAGAUUCAAUCACCUAGAUGGAUUGAAUAUUUGAAACGAGUCCGGGACGUAAAAGACACCUCUGGUUGGACUACAGUCUGGACGAUCGAAAACUCGUGCGUAACUGCGGACCUUGUUCGGUGAAGCAAUGGGCGAGACAAUAUGCAAUAUGGAAAGAAGAAUGCUUACAACACCAUAUGAAGACGGCGUAUACCCCGGUAUCUCGAGAAGAUUGAGAAUCGGGACACUGCCCAUGGACUGGCGUUGGUGAUAUGGAUACGGAAGGGGUGUCGAAAUUACUGGAGCUGGAUGGGUAUACUAUAUCAUAUCAUAUCAUAAACAUAUGGAACGGAACAGAAUAUGGGGAUUUGGGGCGUUGGUGACAUUAUAUCAGAAUGGAACUUGCAAGACUCCAACCAGAUAAAUAAAUAGGAACGAAUAAAAAAGUAAUAUUGAAUAGAUACUGCCGCAUGAAUAGGUUGGGAGGUUAGUUAGUAAGUGAGAGAGUAGGGCAGUGCGGGAAAUAAGGAAAUGGGGCAGUGGUCUUGUGAAGUAGUGAGAUAUGUAAAAUGAUGUGGGAUAGUAA